AACUACUUCAACUCUAUUACAAUCUGUCACCUCUUGUCUUCACAUGUUUCCCAUAACUUUUUCUCUUCUUUCUCCAUCCUCAAAGAUUCCACUAAUCCAUUUUUCAUUCUUGACUAAUCCAUCAUGACUGUGAAGAAAGUUGAGAUCAAGGUGGAUAUAAACUGUGGGAAAUGUAAUAGCGCAAUCUUGGAAGCAGUCACAGUGAUAGAAGGUGUGAAUCAUAUAUCAUUAGAUGAGGAGAAAAACAUACUUACCGUGGUGGGAACAAUGGAUCCUGUUUGCGUUGCAUCACGGCUAAAGAAAAUUAAACAGAAACCUGUAAUCAUCAGCGUUGGACCACCACCAAAACCUCCAGAACCACCAAAGCCUCCUCCACCACCACCACCUGAAAAACCAAUGCCUGUAUGCAACUGCAAGCCUAUGUCUCCUAAUCCUUACUGCGCAAGUUGUGAUGUUGUGUCUGUUACUACCUAUGAAAGUGGAAGCGGCUGCACCAUUGUUUGAGUCUUGUAUAUCGUACCUUAAUUGCUGCUACUUUUUAUCAUAACCUUCAUGUCAAGUCCUGAAACUUAUAUCAGUAAUACCUUUUUUUUAUAAUGCUAUGUUUUUUAUAAGAUAUGUAUCUUUAUUGU